GCUGGCAGGAGGAGAAGGCAGGAGGAGGGCGAGCUGGGCAUCUCAGUGCACUGCAGGAUGGUGUCGCCUCUGCCCUGGCUAUACAUUGUUCUCUGGGUAGAAAAUGCCCUAGGGAAACUUGAAGAUGAAGGAAACUUCUAUUCCAAAAACAUCAGUCGGAUCCUGGACAACUUGCUUGAAGGCUACGACAAUCGGCUGCGACCGGGAUUUGGAGGUGCUGUCACUGAAGUCAAAACAGACAUUUACGUGACAAGUUUUGGGCCCGUGUCAGAUGUGGAGAUGGAGUACACAAUGGACGUUUUUUUCCGCCAGACUUGGACCGAUGAGAGGUUGAAGUUUGGGGGGCCAACUGAGAUUUUGAGUUUGAAUAACCUGAUGGUCAGUAAAAUCUGGACACCUGACACUUUUUUCAGGAAUGGCAAAAAAUCAAUUGCUCACAACAUGACAACACCUAAUAAACUCUUCCGAAUAAUGCAGAACGGAACCGUUCUCUACACCAUGAGGCUCACCAUCAACGCUGACUGUCCUAUGAAACUGGUUAACUUUCCUAUGGAUGGGCAUGCGUGUCCGCUCAAAUUUGGCAGUUAUGCUUACCCCAAAAGUGAAAUCAUAUAUACAUGGAAAAAAGGACCACUUUACUCAGUGGAAGUCCCGGAAGAAUCCUCAAGUCUCCUUCAGUAUGAUCUGAUUGGACAAACAGUAUCUACUGAGACAAUUAAAUCUAACACAGGUGAAUACGUAAUAAUGACAGUUUAUUUCCACUUGCAAAGGAAGAUGGGCUACUUCAUGAUACAGAUCUAUACUCCUUGCAUUAUGACAGUCAUUCUUUCCCAAGUGUCUUUCUGGAUUAAUAAGGAGUCUGUUCCAGCCAGAACUGUCUUUGGAAUCACCACUGUUUUAACCAUGACCACUUUAAGCAUCAGUGCCCGGCACUCCUUGCCAAAAGUGUCUUAUGCAACCGCCAUGGAUUGGUUCAUAGCCGUUUGCUUUGCUUUCGUCUUCUCUGCUCUUAUUGAGUUUGCUGCUGUCAACUACUUUACCAAUCUUCAGACACAAAAGACCAAACGGAAGGUGCAGAUUGCAGCCUCACCCCCAGUGACAAUAGCAAAAGCAACUGAACCUCUGGAAGCUGAGAUUGUUUUGCAUCCUGAUUCGAAGUACCAUCUGAAGAAAAGAAUCACAUCUCUGACACUGCCAAUAGUUCCAUCCCCUGAGGCCAGCAAAGUCCUCACAAGAGCUCCCAUCUUACAGCCAACACCUGUAACUCCCCCACCCCUCUCUCCAACCUUUGGAGGUACCAGUAAAAUAGACCAGUAUUCUCGGAUUCUCUUCCCAGUUGCAUUUGCAGGAUUCAACCUUGUAUACUGGAUAGUUUAUCUUUCCAAAGAUACAAUGGAAGUGAGCAACAGUGUGGAAUAGCUUGCAGCCAUAAUAACCUGUAUUCUGUAAGUUCUCAUUUUCUGAAUUUUUAAAAAUAGCAAUGAGACUUGUAUAGUUGCUUUUCUGAACAUGAAAUCAAAAUUGAAAUCUCUAACAUAUAACUUUGAGUAAGCCUGUAUGGGCAGAAAAGCAGUAAUGUUACUCUUCACAAUUGGAAGGUGAAGGUUGCUAAAGAAUAUGACUUUGCUGUACAUUAGAGACAACUUUAUAAAAGGAUAUAAUGGAUUCUGGAUGAAUUUGCCAAUCUUUGUCCUUCAUUGUUCAAUAUUUUAAUUGUCACUGUGAAUAACAUUUGCCACAAAGCA